AACUAUGGCAACCCAGCUAUAAUGGCCGCCGCCAUCGCCGUUGCAACGUUAUUUGUGUGACAAGUCAUGUCAUUUUUGUCCAUGAUAUAUGAGAAAAUCCAAUGGCAGAUUAUUUCUUCGGGUUCGAUACUUCGUCAUCGAACUUAAAUGACGACGAAGGAGCCGGCGAGCCGUCAGAAGAUGAAUAUGACGCACUCAACGAUGAGACCUUUGGGCAGGCGGACGGCUUCGAUUUUGAGGAGCACGAGCAGAUGGCUUCUCAGAUCGAGAGCAGCCGCCGCCACCACAGCACCCUGGACGACGCCAACCUACAGCUGGAAGCGUCACUAUCCCAGCUAGUGCUAGACGAGAGUGAACACACCUCGGCUCUCGGUUCGAGCGUGUGGAGGCACGAUGCGCCUUUUCAAUACCAACCACCGCAGACGCAGACGCCGGCCCCGAUGCUCAAGAAUGUGUGCACGGUGGAGGAGAUCGAGCGCCAGCUGCGCCAGAAACAGGCGCCAUUUCCACCCACGCAGAACUACUACCAGCCGCGAUUCCCUCCAGUCAUCCUGCAGCGACCGCCGGGCCUCCAGGCCCCCGUGCCGCUCCCCUUCGCCCCGCAGAACAUGCCCAUCAACAACAUGAUGCCUAUGGGCCACAACCAUCCCAACAACAUGCCCAACCAGAUGGGGCAAAACGUCAACCAGAUGGGGCAGAACAUCAACCAGAUGGGGCAAAACGUCAACCAGAUGGGGCAAAACGUCAACCAGAUGGGGCAAAAUGUCAACCAGUUCAUGCAAAAUGCCAACCACUACAACAACAUGCAAAACAACAUGCACCCAAACAUGCAUAUGAAUCAGAUGCCUAAUCAAGUGAAUAUGGGCCCGAACAUGAACAUGGGUCAGAAUCAGAUGAUGCCGAACGGCAAUCAGUUUCCGGGCAUGAAUCAGCCCGGUAUGAAUCAGUUUCCGCACAUGAUGCCCAGGAUGAUGCCUCCGCCUGGGAUGGGUAUGCCGAGGCAGAAUUUCAAUCCGAACGUUGGACAGUUUAAUCAUAAUUUUCGUGGCCCAGCCAUCCCCUCAAAACCCGAGCCAAUGAUACAGAUGCACCCACAAAAGACCCAGCCGAACCAAUCGCCCCCCAAAAACGGCAAAACUCCACCAAAACUGCAGAAGAGCCGCGUCUACAACAACUCCAAAACCGCCCCGGCCAACAUGGCGUCGCAAAACCUGACGUCGCAGAAUCUGGUGCAGUUGAUACAGAAUACGCAUCCAAUGCUGCAGUUUAAUAAUAGCUAUCACAACGCGAGUCAUCACCCGAUGCUGAAUAGGGGAUUUGGGCAGUUUCCUAAUAAUAUGCCGUAUGGGCAGAGGCCGAAUGGGACGUUCAAUAAUAAUCAUAGGCAUAUGAACGGCGACGACGUCACGGUAUUGAGCGACACUGACGAGUAUAGCGGGCUUAUGACGCAGCGCGAAAAACAAUGGCUGAUCAACAUACAGAUGCUUCAGCUAAAUACUGGGACGCCUUACAUCCAUGACUUCUAUUAUACGGUGUUCUUAGAAAGGCAGUCGCAGAAGGAGAAAGAAGGAGUGAAGGAGGCUCACAAGGCGAAUCAGCAGAACCAUCCGUUCUACAGCGGGGGUGUGAAGCAGGAGUCCCACGGCCGGGAGCGCCACAACUCGAACCGCCACAACUCCACAAGUGAGGACGCGCCGCCACGCGCCUACGUGCCCACACAGUUUGAGAACUCCUUAGGAAAGUUGCAGUGCGGCAGCGUGACGGCGCCGCGUAAGAUCAUCGACGUGGAGCUGGUGGGCGGCGCGGAGCCCUCCGCCGUGCCGUCGCGGGCCAACAGCGUGGCCAGCACCACCAACCCCGCCGAGGUCCCUCGAGAAAUGCGCAGAACCAAGCAACUACUAUUGGAUAUUGAGGCAUUAUAUCUCAUACUGCUUAGACUUGAGGAGCUGAACGAUCCCCUGGCGAUAUCCAACGCGCUCAUACUCAAGGAAAGAGAAGAGAAGCAGAAGCAGCUAGAAGCGGCGCAGAAGGAAGCGCUAGAGAACGAGCUAGAAGAAGACUCUAACGUGUUCCUGAGAAACAUUGAAUCUGUACAGAGAAGGCCUAAACAGGACAGCCCUAAGAGCGAGAGCGUAGAUAAGAGACAGGUGGUGAAUCUUGCCGUGAACCAAAAGUCGCCGCCGGUCAAGAACCUUCUGGACGAAAACAAAGACGAGCUGGUCGACAAAAUGUUCGCCGGCUUACUGCACGCGGACAGGCUCGCGCAAAUGCUCACUGUUAGAAAGGGACGGGCGUUGGUGGCGCGGUUCCUGGCGCGGCUGGGCGCGGGCGCGGGGCAGCAGGCGCGCGGCCGCGCCGUGUGGGCGCGCGCGCUGCGGGCGCUGCCGCAAGCCGCGCGGCGCGACGGCGGCGGCCUGGCCGCGCUGGCGCCGCACUACAGGAAAUACAUACAAAGCGCGACCGGCUGGAACCCAAUCUUGGAGUCGUGUGGACUACUAGCGGAAGCGCUAGACCCGGCGAGGACGCCCUACGCGCUCACCACACCCCUAACCCUAAGCUGCGUCUGCGCCCUGAUAGAAAAGGCGUCUCUACUCGUCAACACCCCCGAGGCGACAUCCAACGAGCGCCAGUGGUACAAAUUCCUCAAAACCCUCGCUCGAGCUCUCAAAACCACCACUUUAACUGUCGCUAAACCGGUCACACCACUCCCUGAAAACAAACUACUUUUCCACUUAAAACAAUUAGAAUCUAGGACUACAAUAGAGAUCCUACAGAGAGGUAAAAGCGCUGAAUUCGCUGAUCUAUCUAAAGCCGAUGUGACAGAGCAGCUGAUAAAACAUCUCUGCUGAUGGUUCGUUUUAUCGUGCGUCAUAGUUAGCACGUUGACACUGGGAAUAAAGAUGGAAAGCGCAUUGAUAAGCUACCGGAAAAUAAAUUAAUAUCACGGAAUUACAGUCACGGAACAAAUAAUAAAACAUCUCUGAUGAUGGAUCAUUGUAUCGUACGUCAUAGUUAGCACGCUGAAAACACUGCGUCAUAGGAAUGAAGAUGAAAAUAGCGUCAUAUCGCGGACAGAAAACAAGAUACUAUUCAAUUUGAAACUACUAGAGUCUAGGUCUCUAGGACGAAUAUAGAGGUCCUACUGCUGAUAAUAGGUGUGUUAGCGUGCGUCACAUUUAGCGCGGACGUCAUCGAUGAUAAAUAAAAGACUACGUCAUGAACGCAAAAUGGAUAAAAAAAUUGUACUGAAAAUAGUUUGCGUCAUAGUUACCGAACAAAACGAAGCAAAAAUUGUCGAACUUACGAAAGUAAGAAAUGGGUGUGAAAAGAUCUUAAUUUAAUUAUUAUUGCAAAACUAUACGGCUUUUAAAUAACAGGCGAUGGUCAAGAUCUUAGACGAUAGAGCGUCAUAUGUAGCUAAAAUUAUUGCUUUACUUUCACAUCACGCGAGCAAAGUGAAAGAGUUCAACGACACCUGUGUGUAUUGUAAUUAGUUUAUGCGUCAUUUUUAGCUGGAAUCUGUUAUUUGCGUCAUAUUUAGCUGACAAUACGUAACUUCGACAUCGUUACACAUUAUCACUGUACUGAAAUUGAAAAAAAAAAACCUUCGCAUCUUAAGGAGAAAAAUUUUAUUUUUUCAGUGACAUGUAGUGACAUUUGCCAAAUUUACUAGUUUUCACAAUAUGGGUGUUAUGUUGAGAUUGUGACACAACGAUCUCGAUUGUUUUUCUUAACGAAGUAGCCACGGGGUUUUGAAUUGACAAAAUGCCAACCAACAAACAUCCAAACAAAAAUAAACCGGACAAGUGCGAGUCGGACUCGCCCUCCGAGAGUUCCGUACUUUUUAGAGUAUUUGUUGUUAUAGUGGCAAUAGAAACACAUCAUCUGUGAAAAUUUCAACUGACUAGCUAUCACGGUUCGUGAGAUACAGCCUGGUGACAGACGGACGGAUGGACAGCGGAGUCUUAGUAAUAGGGUCCCGUUUUACCCUUUGGGUACGGAACCCUAAAAACUAUUAAAAUUACAGAUCUUUGCAUACUGGCCGACAGACGUGUAUAUUAGUUUUCACGGCGAUAUGUUAUGUGACAUUAUGGUAUUGCAAGUUUUUCCGGCAGAUGCGUUAUUUCUAAUCGAUAAAUGUCUUACAAUGCAAUUUAGUUCGUUUUUGACUAAUAGUUUUUACACAUUUCAUUUUAUAUCUUGUUAAAAAGACAAACGAAUAACAAGACAUAAUUGAUGCACUCAUAAAUAUCUAUACACAAAUGUUGGUAACCCGGACGAUACUUUACGUGCACAUAAUAUUUGCAUUUUAAAUAAAGUCUGUCAAGCCAUUACCGUCAGUAGAAAAAAAGCGGCAAAUUUAAAAAAAAUAGGCACGAAGAAGGGUAGCUGUCCCAUAGAAAAUUUGAAUUUUGCGCCUCUUUCUACUGACAAAGUUGUUUGACCAGCCGGUCAAUGUUACAUUUGAGUUCUCGAAAAUUAGUAUAAGUUAACAUUUUGAAAUGUUUUUAACUCAUUUCGUUUAUUGGCUCAGAAUAGAAACACAUCAGUCCAAUAAAAAACUAUAAUCUCCAUACGAAGUUGUAUUCCCACAAGUAAGUUUACCUAAUUGACAAAUCUCAGACCAAAACAUUUUAUUUAGCAACUUUUAAAUUAGUAUGAGUUUGGAGGUUAUAAUUUUUUUUUUAUCUUAUUCAUAAAACUUUACGGGCCUGAUUUAGUUAAAUUAUGUUUUAUCCCUUUCUUACAAAAACAUAAGUCAAAAUGACAGAUAAAGACAAACGAUUAUUAGCUAAUUGAGGUUUGUAGCGCGUUUAUGAAUAAGGGGGUAAAUGUUUUGCAAACAUUUACAAAUGACUAUUUUGGUGUUACAAUUUUAAAGUCUAAUAGAGAGAGACCAAGCUAAGUUGGCAGCGAUUUUGCGCAUUGACCAUAUAUGGGGCAUUCCACGAGACUGUCGCUUACAUAACGCAAUUCUUCUAAUACUUCUGGAAAUGCUGAGUAAGCGAUAUUGGGUCAGGUAAUAUUUCAUGACUUGGCUAACAAAUUGGCAGUAUAUUCUCGAGAUUCACGUAUUUUAUUGAUGUAGCUGCCAUACAAGGCAAAAGCGUUAUGUAAGCGACAGUCUCGUGGAAUGCCCCAUAUGAAUCGCCCAAUCAGUACACGAUAGUUUUUUUAUGACGUUAUAGGUAUAUGCUCAAUUUUCGCGCAAUUUUAUCUCUGUAAAUCUUUUCCUUAUCAUGAAUUUAGUGAUAUAUGCAGAUAAUAUUGCGCAUAAAUGAUCGUAUUUAUACGAUUCGUAUAUUGAUACGUAGUGUGUGGCUGUACAAAGUACCAACUGUAGUUCCGGGGGAUUUUAAUUGUCAAAAUGCCAAUCUAUGCUUUGUAGAGCAUUACGCCUUGAAAAACAAACAUCAAAAGUCAAGUCUUAGAACGUAAUCUGUAAAAAAUUCAGAUCUUUCCUUACUAACAAUUUUUAUUUCUUAUCCUGUAUUUCUCAUCAGUUGUUUAGGCGCUUUAAGGCUUGGGUUUUAGUGUUCUUCAAAGCGUCAUGUACAUUCAUUUCCAAAUGUGAGUGGUUAUCAUUUGUGUAAUUUAAAUUCCCCAUGGCUACAAUACUAAAUACCCAAUUCGACUAAACAAGAGUCAGAUCUUGAUCUGAUAUUUAAGUAAUUUUGCAGUAAAUAUUCAUGCUUUGACAAAAUAAGUCAGAUAAAUGUUUCUCACUUAGGCUUAAUCGUUGUAAGCCUUCAUCCCUCUCUUUCUAACGCGUUAGAGUGAGAUGAAAGACCGCUUCGACAUUCGAAACGCACUGUCGAGUACGUUACACAAAUCGUUACAUAUAUUAUGUUAUUUAACAUUUUUACGUACAAUUCAUGUCAAUUUUCAUGUAAAAAUCAAGAUCAAUUCAACCAUUUUGCCAUCACAAAAAAUGAUUUUUCUAUGUAAAAAAAAAAUUGAAAAUUGAUAUGAACAAACAGCCAAUAUGUAAUAUUAAUAUUAAAAAAGCCUUUAAAAUCAUUUAUUCAUUUAUUUAUGUAAAUAUUAAGAAAUAAAGCAGGUAACAUUAAACUUAGUUAAUACAUCUAUAUAGAUCUAUUUAUUAGCACGGGGAUUUAAAUAAUAUUAAACAAAAAUAAAAAAAAUAUCCAUUGAAUUUACCAUUAUGGAGGAUAUAUGUUUUUCAGUCCAUAAAAAUUCAUGGAUUACAACUGAAAUGAGGAUUGAUUUUUCACAUAUUUUUUCGCUUCAAAAAAAGGCGACGUAUUUUUUUCAAAUUCGCUUUUUUCGAAAAAGUCAGUCCUCAACGGCAAAAUCACAUUACGACAUUUGUUUAACUUAAUGUGACUAGCUUAAAAUUAAUGUAAAAAACCUUUUUUUUUUUCAUGUAAAGAGCGACUCAAAUAUUUUAGACUAAAAUUAGUCUUUACUUUAUUGUAUAAACAUUUAUUGCGAUAUGUAAAGGAAUACCUCAAUACUUUCAAAACUUUAAUUACAUCGCUCGCUAAUAUGGGGCAUUAUCUAUGAAAAGGGACCUUAUUGUCGAUGGCGCCUUUCCAUAGAUAAUGCCCCAUAUAAAGUAUACUUACAGCAUUUAGUAACUGGAGCCGUCAUGGCUGUCACUUUCUGUACGAAACAGUCUGCCGAUUUUUGCGGGGGAGGGGACGUCAAAUGUAUUGCUAUUUCUACAUGAUCUGUACGUAACGUACAAAUUCAUUCAUUCAAAAUUCAUGUCAGUCCAUAUAAAAGUUGCACAAUUGUGCAAUUUUCGCGGCAGAGGCGGGGGGGGGGGAAGCUCUUAAAGGCGACUCCAGUUAUUAAAUGCUCUUAAGAAAGUGUAUAAACCAAAUAGUACAAUUAUAAAAUGCCUCCUGAAGGCGCCACUGCCGUGCAUAUAGCCAAUAUUAUAAAAUAUACGUAAGUUGGUCAAAAUUCUUAUCUUUAUAACUACUAUCAAAGAUUAUUCGGGUUUGUAACAUAAUGCAAGCAGUCUAGGCAAGUCCGCCUAUCUAGUCUGUAUCUUUAGGUAUUUAAAUAAAAGUAAACAAAUUCUACCCUCAAAUGGCUCCUAAAGCUAGUUGAGGGUAGAUGAAAACAUUACACGAUCAAAUAAUGUAGGUUAAAGUCAGGUCGUUCAGUGACAGAUCCAGGCGGUUAUGUAUUUGGUCGGUUAAUCAAUGUUGUAACUACCCGAAAAUGUACAAAUUAUUUGUUUACUUUUAUUUAAGUAAGUACAUAAAGAUACAGAGUGGGUACAGAAUGUUUUAUAAAUAGUGAUAGAAAAACUACAUAUGCCGUUUGUAAAGCAUUGAGGUAUUUCGUUAAAUUAUAAUUUUAAAAUUGUAUAUAUUAUAUAAAAAAAAAUCAACUGCCAAUUCGCGUCAUAAGUUUUAAGAACUUUGUUAGAGCGUUUUUAACCAGCCUCCGCUGGGUGGGUAAUGUGUUACCAAAGAGAAUAGAGUGCAUAGAGAGUUACUGUCAUGGUAAAUUAUGUAGCCAUAGUACAUUUACUGCCAUCCUUCGACAGAAGAUUAAAACUAAUAGAACGCCAUUUGACUUUGAUCCUUAUUCUUUCACUGAUAUGUGUUGACUUGUUAAAUAUUAAUAUUAACGCCAUCUACUCGAGCUUAGGCUGAAGGUUAUGGCGCCAUCGCUCGCCUAGUGUCGAGUAGAUGGCGUUAAUAUUAAUAUUUAACAAGUUAAUACAUAUCAGUGAAAGAAUAAGGAUCAAAGUCAAAUGGCGUUCUAACAGUUUUAAUCUCCUCUCGAAAGAUGGCAGUAAAUUUACUGUGGCUACAUUAAUUUACUUUGUCAAGCCGCCUCUAUGUCAAAUUCUCUUUGGUGUUACUUUACAGCGGGGGAGAGGAGGUGUAUUCUUUUUUACUGUUGGUAGUUUUUAGUUUUUUUUUAUCCGUGAAAUAAAUGA